AUGAGCUGCAAAAUACUGCUGACAGCUGCGGCUCUCCUGUCGAGCCAGGUCCAAGCUGUGCCAGGCCAUGCGCCGACGCCGCUUGUACAAGUGACUAUUUCGGAUGUGGUUCACCCGGGUGAGCUGGCGAAUGUCUAUUUGAAUUGGCAGGGUAGAGCUCCCAGCGUGCUCAGGGCUGUAUAUGCUUCAUGUUUGGAUCAAAAUGGGUCAAGUCCGGAGGCGGUCAUCGGACAAUACACCAUUAGGGACCAACCUCCUCAUCGCCUGGCAUGGGCAGUGCCCGCCAAUGUGCAAACAGAGAACUGUAUUAUUGUAUACGGUGGCAAGCCAAAAGGCCAAAUCGAGCAAGUUAUUGGCAAAAGCAAGCCCGUCCAUUUGCAGCAAAAAGUCCAAAAAAGAUCCGCUGCUGGAAUUGAAAAUCCGCUCUUGCAGAAUUUCGAUGCUCUGGGAACUUGGUUCGAUGGAGUUGCGUCUAUCAAGCAGAAAACGGACCAAUCCGGCGGCGUUACGUCUACGUCUUCGUCCAAGAACACCUCCAUCGCAAUUGUUGGUGGUGGAAUCUCCGGUCUCGCAACCGCGCUCAUGCUUGACAGCGUCGGGAUUCAUAAUUGGGAGAUCAUCGAAGCGAGUGAUCGUGUUGGAGGACGAUUCCGGACAAAAUAUAUGGCUGACACCCAAGAAUGGGCCGAAAUGGGUCCCAUGAGAAUUCCACACUCUGUCACAUACAAAGAGGACAAUGAGACGCUCUUGUACACCGACCAUCAACUGACUUUCCAGGUAGCCGAAAUCCUCAACAACAUGAACGGCAAUGAUCCUCGAUGGAAGGUGGACUUCAUCCCCUGGGUUCAGCAUCACCCGAAUGAGCUGAUUGCUCAAGGCACCCGUCGACAUCCUGACGGCCGCAUUCCUACUCGCGGUGAGAUCGAGGCGGAUCCAAGCUUAAAUGACCCACCCGUCAUGACGAGUGCCAAAUACGAGAGCACUCAACGGCAGAUGGACAAUAUUUUGAAAAAUGUGACUACCCUCAAAUCCAUUCAGAGGGAUGUUUGGCAAGCUCAUAAGAUCGCCAUGGAUGAAGGCUUGGAUGAUUGGAGCGAACAGGCCAUGAUGCGUCAUGUCUUCAAGGCUAGCGAGAAUGUCACGGACCAAAUCUGGACUGAUUCCGACUAUGACGUAUUCUGGGAUGAGCUCCAUCACAAUUCAAAUCUCGGCCUGGAUGGUAGCAGCGACUCUCUGGGUGAAACUCACUGGUUAUGUAUCGAUGGAGGCUUCAAUCGACUGUCUGAUGCUUUCCUCCCUCAUAUCAAGGACAGACUCAUUCUCAAUCGACAAAUCCGGAAACUUGAAUCAAUCCAAGACCGAACAGGCGGCACUCGCACUCGUCUUUCAUGGUAUCCAAGUGUGACAAACCGGACCUUCGAGUCGAAAGAAUACGACUAUAUAAUCAUGGCAGUUCCAUUCACAAUGACUCGCUUCAUGGAUCUGCCUACCUUCUCCUCGGUAUUGGGGCGUGCAAUUAGCGAAGCUGGUCUUCGCUUCAAAUCCGCCUGUAAGGUAGCUUUACUAUUCUCCGAGCGCUUCUGGGAGAAAGGUGAGCGACCGAUAUUCGGCGGAUACUCAAAGCCGCCCAGUGAUCCUGUUGGCGCGCUCUACUAUCCAGUGUAUGGUUUCAAUGAGUCACGCCCUGGUCUGAUUAUGCACUACCGUGGAGGGGACUGGAGCGAUCGCUUCGUCAGCUUCUCAGAUGAGGAACAUGUUCAGACGGUUCUCGACUCAAUUAUUUCACUGCAUGGACAACAAGCGAGGGAUCUUUAUACCGGUGAUUAUGAGCGUCUCUGUUGGCUUCAAGAUGAGCACACUGCCACUGCUUGGUGCAGGCCCGAUAUCGAACAGCAUAAGCUCUAUAUCCCAGCAUACCACAAGACAGAGCAUAACACAAUAUUUAUUGGAGAGCAUACUGCCCCAACUCAUGCUUGGGUGAGCUCAUCGCUGCAUUCGUCUGUCCGUGGAUCAGUUCAAUUGCUUUUAGAACUGGGAUUGGUGGAUGAAGCCAAGGAGCUAAACAAACGGUGGAUGGGCCGGUGGAUUAAGCUCUGA